UAUGUGCUCAGGUUAUUCAACCUUCGACUACCCACAAGUUCAUGUGCUCAGGUUCACUCUGAUAAGACUUCCGCUGUCUUACUAGUCUACCAUUCCAGCAAAGAUCCUUGGUUAAGUACUCGUGUUAGCAGAUUCUACACUUAGUCUACUGCAACACCAGACGAUUUACUUCAACAAUAUCAGCAAUGUUUGGCCAGCCAUGGUCCCCCCGUCUCUCGAAAAGCCUUGUGUGGGAGAAUUCGAAAGCGGGAGAUUGGGAGGUUGCGAGUGUUGGCGUGCGGGAUAGUGGGAGAGCGGGAGAGCAGGGUUACCAAGUUUCCUUGGUGUGGGCGUUUCAAGGGUUCGCCACUGUAAGGAAUUUUCCAUUCCUUACCGAGCGGUACGGCUAUCGCGUACGCUCGAACACACCCGAAGCCUCGGGACUGUUCCAGACCUUCUGACAGAACCGCCUCGGUUUUUCCAGACCUUCCGGUUCGACCUUCGGGAGUUCUCCAGGCCUCGCUUCGUCACUUCGAGACCCUUCGAUCUCCUUCCCGAACCUUCCCAUCGCAUGGUUAGACUAGCUCUGGUGUUCCUAUAUCUUGGCUUGCCAUUCCUUGUAUCACCUUCUGACAGAACCGCCUCGGUUUUUCCAGACCUUCCGGUUCGACCUUCGGGAGUUCUCCAGGCCUCGCUUCGUCACUUCGAGACCCUUCGAUCUCCUUCCCGAACCUUCCCAUCGCAUGGUUAGACUAGCUCUGGUGUUCCUAUAUCUUGGCUUGCCAUUCCUUGUAUCGUCAUU